GUCCCUGUUUACAACUAGUAAAACAGCAUGUACUAGUGUCGUAUAGUCCAGUUUACUAAUAAAACUACAUUUGAAUCAUGCUUAUUUCUGUUUCAGGGGUGUCUAGUGCUGGUUGGGGUGUGAAUUACAGUACUUCACACAUCUGUGCUCUACAAGACUCAACAGUAAUAAUGAACUGCACCUUUACACACCCUGAUGGAUUGCAGAUCAUGAGAGCCUUCUGGCACAAAGAUCAGGGAAUACAAGUUGUAGAGCCUCCAGAUCUGUCUGUGGACUCUGAAUACAGUCAGAGGCUUCAGUAUCUGGGAGAUAAACAGCAGAACCACACAGUCAGACUGAGUCAUGUGACAAAGAAAGAUGAACACGAGUAUUAUUUCAGAUUCAUUACUAAUGUAACACAUGAAAAAUGGACUGGUAGACCAGGAGUGAUUCUCUCUGUCACAGAUCUUCAGCUGGAGUCUCCUGAGAGAGUGACAGAGGGAGAUUCAGUCCGUCUGACAUGUAGAAGCAGCUGUAAUCUGACUGACACACCAACAUUCAUCUGGUACAGAAACUCACACACAUUGACUAAUAUUGGAGAUGAACUCAACAUCAGGUCAGUCAGUAGAACAGAAGCAGGACACUACAGCUGUGGUGUGCAGGGACAAACGUACAUCUCUCCUGCUGUUUAUCUCGAUGUCACAUUGCUACCAAUUGGUGUGAAAGACGUGGUGUUGUGA